CCAAUCGGAGAAAAGUGGGAAUUUCCCUAACUUCAGAUUUUUCUGUGCAAUGUAUGACAUCAAACAAAUUUAAAGUCAUAAAUAAGUGUUUCAGCCGUUGUUGAUUGAAAAUAUAUUUAGGAAAACUGACUUGACAAUAUUUGUAUUAUCAAAAUUUAUUUCUGUGUCCUGAAAUAAUAAUGCAAAGGUAAUGUGAUAGUUCGACCCGGAUUUUAAUUUACACCAGAAAAUGGAUGAGAAUGGAAGCAGUAGAAGUUCGUCGGAUUCAGUUGAUGUGUCUAAUAUGGACAGCAGCCCCCCGCUUUUAAAUGGACACUUUGAUAUGGAACAGUUUAGCGAUGAAGAUAAUGGUCUUCCAACACUUGAAAUAAUAGAACAGCCACAACAGAGGGGAUUUCGUUUUCGCUAUGAGUGUGAGGGGCCAUCACAUGGAGGUCUGCAGGGAGCUUCAAGUGAAAGACACAGAAAAACUGUUCCCACAGUGAAGAUUCGUAAUUACAAUGGACCAGCUCGUGUAGUUGUGAGCCUAGUCACAGACGAGAGUGUACCAAAGUCACACGCCCACAAACUAGUUGGUAAACAUUGUACUGACGGUGUAUGUCAACUCGAUGUGAAGGCUGGGACUUCUCAGAUAUCAUUUCCAAACCUAUGUAUACAGCAUGUGACAAGGAGGAAGGCAUCUGAAGUAUUGGAGCAGCGUAUAUGUAAUUCUAUUAUAGAAGCUAGAAAGAGAGAGUCCAAAAACUGGAAUACUCCUAUUUUACUCAGAGAUGAGGACAAGAAGAGGGCUAAAUUGGAGGCCGCUGCACAGGCAAAGGGAAUGCACCUGAAUGUUGUCCGUCUCUGUUUCCAGUGUUAUCUUACAGACAACGAGGGCAGUGUGACUGCAGAACUCAACUCCAUUGUGUCAGACCCUAUAUAUGACAGUAAAGCCCCAGGUGCAAACGCCCUCAAGAUCUGUCGCAUGGACAAAUAUAGCGGAUGUUGUACAGGAAAUGAUGAAGUGUUCUUAUUAUGUGAAAAAGUUCAAAAAGAUGAUAUUAUGGUAAGAUUUGUGGAGCAGGAUCCAGAAGGAGCUGUAGUAUGGGAGAAGUAUGGUCAUUUUGGACCAUUUGAUGUACAUAGGCAGUUUGCAAUAGUUUUCAAAACACCAGAGUAUCGUGAUGUAAAUAUCCAAACUCCUGUCAAUGUAUUGGUAAUGCUACAGAGGAAAUCAGAUGGAGAAUCUAGUGAUCCAAAAUCAUUCACUUACUAUCCAAGAAUCAGAGAUAAGGAGGACAUAGAUCGUAAACGUAGAAAGCUUAUACCCACCUAUCAUCCUGGAAGUGCAUUUGGAAGUAUGAAAUCAUCUAUUGGUGGUACAAGUAAUGGUGGGGGUGCUGGAGCAGACGGCAGUAAUGGCAUGCAUAAUGGUGGCUCCAUUCCAAACUUUGAUAACCUUCCACUAUCAGCAAAUCAUUUUGGCCAGAGACCAUUGAAUUUAGGCAAUGCUGGCCGGCCAGUUUUACAAGCUAAAAGAACCCUGCCAUCAUUCCAGCAGACGACAGCACCUGCUCUGUACUCCAGUGCGCCAACAGAUGUCCUUUCACAUUCUACUGACUUUGUGUAUGAAGAAGUGUCUAACUUAAGUCCUCCCAUGGGACAGUUGCAAGGAGGUGGUUCACCUCAGUACUUUAUGGAAGGCCAGACAGUUGGGGUUGAUACCUCAAGCAACUUGUCUGCUGCUUCACCAUACGGCAAUUCAGCAAUGAUGAUUGGUUCCCCACAGAAUGUAGGUCAGACAUCAGUACCUCAGUUUGGAGCUGGAGCCCUUUCUCCACAGCAUCAGUUACAUCCCGCUUCUCCGCAAAAUAAUUUUCUUUCUCAGCAAAUGCCCAUGGGAUCACAAAUGCAGAACAUGCCUGUAACAGAAACUGGUAUGUCCAGCGCCCAGACAGCACAGAUGGAAUCAGACUUCCAGAUGACACUUAAUGAUCUAAAAGUAGAACAGGUCACACAACCAGUACAAGUUUCCACUUUGUCAUCAGAAAGUUUAGAAAUAGAUUUUCUGUUGUCUGGUGCACCUCUGAAUACACAUGCACCGCUGAAUACAGGUAUUUUUGAUCAGUACAACCAAGCAGCCAGUCAGGUUACAGAGAAUAGAAAUUUUCAAGGUCAAUAUGGAAAUUUUGGAGCAAGCUAUACCAAGCAGCCUUAUAUGCAGCAGUCAUGUGGUUUUUAUGCUCGAGGUUCUCAGGAUGCAGAUCUUCAGGAUGUUAUUGAUGUACUAGAUAUGGUAGAUGGAGCCCCUCCUAGAGCUGAACCAUGUGACGAUUAUGAUGAAGUGGACAGUGCUAGAGCAGAUAGAUAUGACAUGACUGCUUUAACACCAAGGUCAGGAUCUUCAGCUGGUCAGUUGUUUGAGCAGACUGCAAAAUUGGAACCAGGAAUGACAAAGGCAGUCACUGUUUCAGAACAACUGACAGUACAACCGGAACCAUAUACAUCAUCUGUGGAAGAAGAAGUUGUUACACGGCAACCACUUACUUCUGAAAAUGACACAGAACCUAUUGUUGCUAAGAAAACUCUUGCUACCACAGAAACAAGUGUACCGGCAAAGUCAUUGCAGAGAACUGAUUCCUCGGCACAAACAGAAAUGGAUCCAAUGUUGAAGUUGGCAAUGAAGACAUCUGAAGCCUUGCAGUAUUAUGCAGCAUCUGGAGAUAUUCGGUCUUUGUUGAUGGUUCAGCGCUUCCUCAUGGCUGUCCAGGACCAAGAUGGUGACUUACCUUUGCACACAGCUUUGAUCAACCAGAGAUACGAAGUAUUCCAGAAUAUUCUUGACGUCAUGGUAACACUUCCAGAUGCGUACACCAGGAUUAACGCUUAUAACUUUCACCACCAGACACCGCUCCACCUUGCAGUGAUUACAAACCAGCCGCAUGCGGUAGACUUGUUGAUCCGUGCUGGUGCAGACACCACCCUGGUAGACCGUAACGGUUACACCCCGGCUCAUCUUGCUGUACUGUAUGCACGUGAUGAUUGCCUCAGAAACCUGGUGAAAUAUCUAAGACAGGGAGUCACCUCCAAACAACCAUUCCCAGAACUAAACCUUAGAUGUUACGAUGGUUUCACACCCACUCAUUUAGCAGCCCAAUUAGAGAACUUGGCCGCAAUGAAGUUGCUCGUGUACGGUAAAGCAGAUGUAAAUUUACCAGACGGUAAAAGUGGGCGGACACCUUUACAUCAUGCUGUAGAAACAGAUGAUCUCUCACUGGCUGCUUAUCUUAUACUUCAGGCUGGGGCCAGUGUGAAUGUGAAGAGAUUUGAUGGUAAUACAGCACUCCAUAUUGCAUGUGGGCGGGGCAAUGUUGGCAUGGUAGCUCUCCUCAUGGCCGGCGGUGCUGAUCCCAAUAUUGAAAACGAUGAUAUAGUAAGUGAUGACACAGAAUCUGAUGAAAGUGACUCACAAGAAAGUGGUGGGGAAAGUUCAGAGAAUGAAAAUUCAGAUAACAAAAACAGUACAAAAAGUGAGGAUGUUGAUGAUAAAGAUACAGACACUGAGAAAGAACCGAAGAAAUCCGAUAAAGAUACUGUAGAUGGACAAGAAGUGGAGGAGGAAGUGUUGCCAAAGAGAAGGGUUGGAAAAGGACUGACACCUGCAGAUUUUGCUGAUUGUAAUGAAAAGAUCCUGAGAGUUUUGAAUGGAGAACCAUAUUCCAGUAUAACAGAAUCGAGUCCAGACAGUAUACAACAUGUCACUGAUAAAAUGUCAUCUCUGCGAUUUAUAUCAAAAGAUAGUGGACACGGAAGUAUGGGAAUAUGUUCUACAGGAGGUGAUAUGUGCAGAGUGGAGUAUCCUGUGAGACUGAGUCUGUCACAGAAGCUUGAUCCAACAAGUGUUGGCUCUGACUGGCAGGCCUUGGCUGAUAAACUUGGUAUGAAGAUGUUGAUGGAAGGUCAUCCUGGAGAUCACAGUCCCACAAGAUUACUUCUCAAUUUUUAUGAGGAAAAUGGUGGCACUGUUGAUAGACUGGUUCAAGCAUUGAAAGAUAUCAAGAGAGAUGACUGUGUCAGUUUACUGAAAGAUUUGGCGGACCAGUCUUCUGGAAAAAAUGAUGAGAAAGACAGUAAAGUUUUACAUAAGGAUCCGAAGUAUGAUUCUGGUGUAUCAGACAGUUAUAAUAAAUCUCCUUCACCUGUACAUAGAGGACAUAUUGUGACAUAGUUGUGUCCGUGUCACCUCAUACCAUUUACAACAUUUUGUGUAUUCAAGGAUAGAGAGUGAUCUUAGACUGGUCAAAUUUGGAGUGUGGUUGAUAUUCACAGGUUCAUCAGAUUGUUCAAGAAGGGAACUGACUUUAACAUAGAAAAACUUGCAAUAGGUUGGAGUAAAUGUGCAGUUCAGAAUUUAUGUUGAUUGUGCAGUUUCCAUAGUGACAAUGCAGUUUCCAUGGUGAUAGUGUAGUUUCCAUGGUAAUAGUGCAGUAAGGUGAAAUCUGGAGGUGUAAUGAAUUGUUGUACUUCUUUAUAUUUUACAGAUUUUCACUGAAAGGAAAUUUCACCUUGAAGGAGGGGAAGAUUGGUUGAUAAACACUUUUUUAAGUGUGCUGAUUGUUUUAAAUUGUGCUUAUUUUUUCAUUAUAUAUUGACAAUUAACAGGAUGUUAUUUGAAAUGUCAUUCAGUUUUGCUGUAAGAUAAUUUCUAGUGCAUUCUGACAGCUGAGCUAUUCCUUUUCGUGGCCUUAAAUUGUUGAUCUGCAUGAUCGGGUGUCUGAUGGAAUAUACCUGUUAAUAUUAUUUUGUUGUGAUGUGUAAAUAAAGUAUGAAAAAUUAUGAAAUAUAAUGUCACCAAGUUCUGCAUUUUAUAUGAAACUGGCAAAUUCUACUCUUGUAACAUGUUUCUGACUUGUGUGACAGCUUGAAUAUUCGUGUUUUGUUGUCAGAAAAUUCAAAGAAUUACAACAGAUUUGUUGAAACUAUACUGUAAUUCACAGGACUAAAUGUAAAACUCGCCUGUUUCUCAUACAUAUCUGCUGAACUUGUCUAUCUAAUAAAACACAAUUCUCAUUACCUACAAGUAAAUGCACAGUUAACUGAAGAAAUAGGCCUCUGUGAAAGACGUAAGUAUUUAUGUUUUAAUAGUAGAAUCAAACAGCAGUACUUUGUUUUCUAUGAGCUUGUUAAUGAAAUAUAUAUAUAUACACGUAUGAAAGUACAGCCUCUACAGUACAUUCCUUUGUGUUAGUACACAAGUCAGGUCUCCUCUUAGUUUAUUGUUUUGAAAUUUGUUUUAAUAUUAAUACGAUUUAGUAUAAAAAGUGUUUAGAUUUUUAAAAAAUAUCUACUUUUGUUGUCCUUUCUGUUGGUUUAUUUGAAACAAAUUUUAAACAAGUGAUAGUUUUGUGAUUUGUUAGUGCUGUAAUUUAUAUGUGUUUAAUCUGUUUAUAGUUUAUUUCUUAUAUUUACAUGAAUAUUCUGCAACUAAUGAGAAUUGUAUAGAUGUAUUUGUGUUUGUUAUGUGAUUAAGUAGUAGUUUUGUAGUAAUAUUUUUCUACCUGGUAUAUUAUACAGUGCAAUUGCUUUCAAGUGGUUGGGUAUACCUGUAGAAAACAAUGUUUUAAAUGUUUGGGGAAGGUUUGUGUUACUUGAGUGUAAAUAUCGGCCUGUCAUUAUGCCCUCCAGUACCAUGGAAGACCCAGUCUGGGUUUCUAAUCUCAACUUUAAAUCAUGCUAGAAGAUAUAAUGUUCAUUGUCUGUGUAACUGGGUAACAUUUGUAUUAUUUUCUGCUUUCCACUAAUUAACAUGAUUACUGUUUUAUGGAGACUGUAAUAAAGGCUUCAGAUAUA